AUGGUGGAUCCAGCCAAAAUUGAAGCUGUUUGGGAUUGGCCAACACCAAAAUCAGCUACUGAGGUCAGAAGUUUUCUGGGUUUAGCUGGGUAUUAUCGUCGGUUCAUUGAGGGAUUUUUAAAGAUUGCUGUACCCUUAACGGAGUUGACUCGAAAGAACCUAAAGUUUGUUUGGACUGAUCGGUGUGAGAAAAGUUUUCUAGAGUUAAAGCAAUGCUUGAUUACCGCUCCAGUACUAACUCUUCUUUCAGAUGAGGAAAAGUUUGUGCUAGUUAAGGCUGAGCAUCAGCGACCUGCAGGGUUAUUGCAGCCACUGAAUAUACCAGAGUGGAAUUGGGAAGAUGUUGCUAUGGACUUCUUGGUGCGUUCUGACAGGUUGGCGUAG